AUGGCAUCUUAUAUACAAGGCUAUGAUAAGGAAAGGUUUGCGACCACAGUCAAUCGAAAUUUCCUCUGUUUGAUGUGCUUCAACGUUCUUAAAGAGCCGGUUCUGUGUCCGAGAAACCAACAUUGUUUCUGCCGUGCUUGUAUUACGAAACACCUCGAGAAUUCCAAAAGAUGCCCUACGUGUGCGGACGAACUGACCGUAGAGACUCUAGCUGAACCCAACAGAAUGGUAAAAGAUAUUUUAAAUGAAUUAAACAUUCAUUGCACUUACAUCGACAGAGGUUGUCAAGAGAUCCUACAAUUACAACAUCUUGAACGUCAUGAGGCUACAUGUGGAUUUACAGCAGCCGUUUGUACAAACCAAGGCUGUGGUGCGACUUUAAACCAACGUGAUCUUAUUCGCCAUCAAAGGGAACUAUGCGAAUUUCGCGAGUUGAAGUGCCACACGUGCGGAGAAAUGACAAAAACGUUGGCAGAUAUGGAGAAAAGAAUGGCAAACGUCGAGAAGAAUAUGGCAAAAAGGGAGACAGUGGUUACCAUGGAAACCCACAUAAAAAAUUUACAGACAAUUAUGGAGAGAAACGCCGCGGAUAUGGAAGGAAAACUCGAAGCUGUAAAUAAUGAAGUGCGAGGAUUGAAAUCAGCUUUGAUUGAAGGUUUUGAUGAAAUGAAGGAUGUUCUUGUCAAAAUGGAGGACAUUAAAGAAGACAACACAAGAAAAGUAAGAAAUUCAGCAAGUGGUGAUAAGGAAAAUAUAAUUGUUGCUGGAGGUUAUGCAACUGAGUCUGUGGAGACGUUUAACUGGCGUCAAAGAACAUGGUCGCCAUUGCAAUCUAUGCCAAAGGAGCGUAGGUAG